AUGGGUCAAGACGACGAUAAUAAUAAUGACAAUAAUAGUCAGAAUAUUGAAAACAAACAGGAACAAGAAAAUGAUACUCCUUUAAAUAAUAAUAUCCAACCACAGUCAGUUCCAAAUAAUAAUAUUAAAAAUGAUGAAAACAAUAAUAACAACAAUAAUAAUAAUAAUAAUAAUAAUAACAACAACAAUAAUAAUAAUAAUAAUAAUGCAGGUAAUAAUAUUAUAUUUGAUAAUAUUAAAAAUAAUCAAUAUACAGUCGAUGAAACAAAAAAGAAAAGAUUAUCAAUGGAAACACUCCAACAGAUUCUACCAAAGACUGCAAAUCACAACGCUCACACCUUCCAGGUCUACGACCAGCAUGACGUCAAGACUGGCGCCUAUCCAAAGCUAUCGAUAGAACUCUUUGGCACCAGUAAAGAGAUUCCACAGUUCUACCACGAAAUCAAGCAUCAAAUCGGAAUGCGUCUCAACAGCAAUGCCGCAUCGCCAAGCGCAUCGUCCAGCACAACGAUCCAGCGUGGUCAAUUCAUCGAUAUCCCACUGAAAUCGAUGAAUGCCGUCACACUGCCCGUUCCAAUGCCAAAGGGUGUACAUCCCGAUGCCCGUAUGGCAAUUCCAUCGUUUGAGCCAGCCGCGACAACCACCGGUACCACUUCGCCAGGUCCAACCGCCACUACCACAACAACCACUACCACCACCACCGCCACCACUUCGCCAACCACAUCACCAGGUGCCAAUCAACCUAAAGGUGUAACAGCCGUACCACCCGAUACCACUCUCAACAUCAAAGACAAGGCAAAAGCCAAACAAAAGGCAGCUGAAUACGAUGUUGUUGAUCAUGAAUCAACACUUGAACAAUUAAGUGAAAAGUUUGGAACAAAUAUUCAUUUUACUGAUCCAUCACAAAGUCAAGGUUUGACAAGUGAAUCAGCUAAAUUAUUGUUAGAGAGAUACGGUCCAAAUAUUUUGAAACCACCAAAGGAGAGUCCGUGGUAUGUCAAGCUGGCAUUGUGCUUUGUAAACUUCUUUAUGAUUCUAUUGGAGGUUGCAGGUGUUUUGUGUUUUAUUGCAUUCGCUUUGGAUACUGAUCAGAGAGUCAAUUUGUAUCUUGGAUGUGUGUUGUGGGCCAUCGUUAUUUUCACAUGUCUCUUGACGUUUGCACAGGAAUGGCAGAGUAGCAACAUUAUGAAUUCCUUCAAGAAGCUGCUUCCACAGGCGACACGUGUCGUUCGUGACGGUAUGGAGACAAGGAUACCCGUCGCCGAUAUUGUCAUUGGUGACGUCGUCGUUGUCAGCGCCGGUGACAAGAUUCCCGCCGACAUAAGAGUGAUCACCUGUAACGGUAUGAAAGUGGACAACUCCUCGUUGACCGGUGAGAGUGAACCACAAUCCUGUACGGUAACCUGCACCGAUGAGAAUCCGUUGGAAACUCACAAUCUUGCAUUCUACGGUACUCUGGUGAUGGACGGAUCGGCGCGUGGCGUCGUCAUUAGAACCGGUGGAAAUACACUGAUCGGUAAGAUUGCCGAUAUGGCAUCGAACACACAGACCGCCGAGACUACAUUGCAAAUCGAGACAAAGAGAUUCGUUCGUUUCAUCAGUGCCCUCGGUAUCACUAUGGGUUUGAUCUUCUUUAUUGUCGGAUUCGGUGUCGGUCUGAAACCAAUUCCAAAUUUGAUCAAUGUACUCGGUUUGAUUGUAGCUAACGUACCAGAGGGUUUGCCAUCGACUAUCACUGCUUGUCUUACCGUGACUGCGCGUCGUCUCAGUCGUCGUAAUGUCUACGCCAAGAAGCUCGAAUCCAUUGAGACACUGGGAUCGAUCACUUUGAUCGCUUCCGACAAGACCGGUACACUCACUCAGAAUCGUAUGACUGUCAGUCACAUGUGGUACGACAACACCAUUGUCAAGGCGAUCAACGACGGUAUGACUAUUGGACGUGCAAUGUUUGACGAGAAUUCACCGACCUGCUCCGAUCUCUUGAGAAUCGGCGCAUGUUGUAAUCGUUCCGAUUUCGAUAAGCUCGCCGAAGGUAACAUGGAGAAACCAAUCGAUCAACGUUUGAUUCUCGGUGACGCUUCUGAAUCCGCGCUUAUUCGUUUGUGUCACAAACUCGAGGAGAUCGAGAUUACACGUGCCAACAAUCCAAAGAUCUUUGAAAUUCCAUUCAACUCUACCAACAAAUGGCAGUUGUCUAUUCAUCGUCGUAGUAGCGAUCCAAACGAUAAAUCGACUCGUGUGCUCAUGAUGAAGGGUGCUCCAGAGAUUAUCUUUGCCAAGUGCUCAAAGAUUAUGAUGAACGGCAAAGACAUUGACAUUGACGACAAGAUGCGUUACGACUUCCAACAGGCCUACGAAGAACUAGGUUCGAUGGGUGAGCGUUGCCUUGGUUUCGCUCAGAUCGUUCUCGACGAGAAGGAAUACGGUCCAAUGCACGACAACCUCUACGACGCACAACAACUCAACUUCCCAACCAGUCAACUCACAUUCGUCGGUCUCUGCUCACUACUCGAUCCACCCAGAGAAAAUGUACCGUUCGCUGUCCACCAAUGCAAGACCGCCGGUAUCAAAGUUAUCAUGGUUACAGGUGACCAUCCAAUCACUGCCAAAGCCAUUGCCAAGAAGGUCGGUAUCAUUUCAUCACCAACUGCCGAAGACAUUGCCGCCGCCAAGGGUAUUCCACUCGAGGAAGUCGACGAAUCCGAAGUCAAAGCUGUCGUAUUGCAUGGUAGCCAGAUUCGUGAGCUCACCGAAACCGAUUGGGAUCGUGUUCUCUCCAAGAGUGAGAUUGUAUUUGCCCGUACUUCACCUCAACAGAAAUCACAGAUUGUCGAACAAGCUCAACGUAGAAAGGAAGUAGUCGCUGUCACUGGUGAUGGUGUCAACGAUUCGCCAGCUCUCAAAAAGGCAGAUAUCGGUGUGGCUAUGGGUAUCGUCGGUAGUGACGUCGCCAAGGAAACAGCCGACAUCAUUUUGCUGGACGAUAACUUUGCCAGUAUUGUCGCCGGUGUCGAAGAGGGUAGAAUUAUCUUUGACAAUCUCAAGAAAUCGAUUGCCUACACUUUGACACACGCAUUCCCAGAGGUUAUUCCAUUCGUCCUGAACAUUAUCCUCGGUAUCCCAUUGGCUAUCACAUCGUUCUUGGUGCUCUGUAUCGAUUUGGGAACAGAGUUGGCACCAGCCAUUUCGCUCGCCUACGAAAAGGGUGAGAAAGACAUCAUGACACGUAAGCCACGUAUACUUGGAGUCGACCAUCUUGUAACCACCAAUCUGCUAUCCUACAGUUACUUGCAAGCCGGUCCAAUGGAAGCAAUCACCUCGCUUAUGAGCUUCUUCUUGGUGAUGGCAUCGUAUGGUUAUCCACCAUCCAGUUUGCUCUACUCUGCCAAAGACUACUUCCAGGAAGGUGCACAACCUUUUGAAGUCGACGGUAAAUUCUACACCGCAUCACACCAAGUCGCUGCACUCGAAGAAGCACAGACCGCCUACUUUAUGACAUUGGUAAUGUGUCAAUUCUUCAAUCUCAUCACAAACAAGACUCGUGUCGUUCCACUCUGGAGACACGGUAUGGCCAACAUGUACGUUAACAUCGGUCUCAUCAUUGAAGCUGGUAUCUGUUGUUUCAUUAUCUACACCCCAUUCGUUCACACCAUCAUUUCUUCUGCCAACGUCAGUGGAAUCUACUGGGCCUAUCCACUCCCAAUGGUAUUCCUACUAUUCGCCUGGAAUGAAACUAGAAAACGUAUUGCAUUCGACCAUGAUUGGGAUAUUUCAAAGGUUUUGAGAUUUUAA